GCGCCAAGGACUCAGCGGGAGGAAAGACAAGCCGAGCUCCGCGGAGCCGAGCCCGGGAGCUGCGCCGCCGCGCGGGGUCCCUCGCCGAGGACCGGUAGGGACUCUGGAAGCGGGGUGCGGGGCCGUGCCGAGGGGGCGGCCGCCGGAGCAUGCGCACGGGCUCUGCGGGCGGCGGGCGGGCGCGGGGACGCGGGGCGGCGCGAAGCUGGGCCCUUUGCCGCCCCGCGCUCCCAUGUACGCCUUCUACUCGCUGCUCGUCUACAUCUUCUACAGCCUCUUCCGCAGGGAUGGCGGGGCCGCGGCGGCCGCGGACCCUGGGGACCCCGCCCAGAGUGCCCGCUGCAAGCCCGGGGGCCGCCGCCGCCCCGGCCAGCCCGCCGCGGACCUGUGGACCGAGCUGACCGGCCUGGUCGGCCGCCCGGAGUCCGAGGAUGGGCCGGAAGGGGGAGCGGAGGGCCGCCCGGCCGAGGUCUCCCUGGAAGAGGCGCUCGUGCGUCUUGCUGAGUUCCUCUCCGCCCAGGUGGGGGCGGAAGAGAGCGCUGGGAGUCCUCCCGACGUGAGCAAGCCUGGCGAUGUUCCCCCACUGUUGACGGUGACCGGUCAGCUCCUGGCCCUCCUGGCAUGGAUUCGGAGUCCCAGGGGGAGGCAGGCCCUGCCCCAGGGAACGCAGCCAGCCUCAGGGGUGCAGCCCCCCACUCCUGCUGGAUCCCCGUCCCAAGAAGAAAGCUCGUCUCUUUCACCAAGGAGCGAGAGCCAAGGGCAGGAGCCUCUUCAGUUGGAAGAGGACCAGAGUGCUUGGCAGCGGCUGGAACAGCUCGUCCUUGGGCAGCUGGAGGAGCUGAAGCAGCAGCUGGAACUGCAGGAGGAGGAGCUGGGCCAGCUGCGCCUGGGGGUGGGAGCGACAGACUCAGAGAAAAGGGUUCAGCAUCUGACGCUGGAGAACAGGGCCCUGAAACAGAGCCUGAGCCUCACUCGGGAUCUGCUGCUGCACUGGGGCCCUGCCCCCCCAACCAGCGCCCCCCAGGAGCAGGAGGAUGCAGAGGCACUCUUGGAGCUCCGGGGUCGGCUUCAAGAGGCCCAGAACACCACAGAAGCUCUCCGAGUUCAGCUAGGGGUUCAGGAGGUGCAGCUGCAGGGCCUUCGGGGGGCCCUCCGGCAGCUCCAGCAGGAGACUGAGCAGAACUGCAGGAGGGAGCUGCAGCAGAUGCGUGGGCAGCUGGCAGGACUUCGUGCUCGCAUGGCCAGCUUGCGUCAGGGCUGUGGGGACCUCCGAGGAUUGGUCAGCACCUUUACCCAGAGCUGCCAGGGCUCGCUGAGAGAAGCCCGGGGCCAGGUAUCCUGGGCCCUGGGGGCAUUGUCGGCUGGAGGGGCUGGGACUCAGCUCCCUGAGGCACAGCAGGGGCCCCCAAUUGGAUGCCCGGGGCGGCUGCUGGAGCUCAAGGGAAACAUCCGUGUGCUAUGUCGGCUGAGGCCAGGGACACCCUCCAGCCUGGUGAGCCUAGAGCCUGGCCCGGGUGGCACUGUCACCACCUGCUAUCGAGGACACCAGCGUCGCUUCCACCUGGACUGGGUCUUCCCUCCACAUGCCAGCCAGGAGGAGGUCUUCAGGGAGCUGGAGUCGGCUGUGCUGUCCUGCCUUGGAGGCUACAGUGUCUGCAUUUUCACCUACGGUCAGACAGGGACAGGAAAGACCUACAGCAUGGAGGGCCCUCCUGAGGACCCCGGCAUAGCUCCUAGGGCACUGCAGUCCCUGUUCCGGGAGAUGGGGACAGGGGAACAGCACCGAGUGACCCUCAGCAUGGUGGAGAUCUACAAUGAGGCUGUCAGGUCAGGGCUGCACUGGUGCCUCCUUCCCAUCCCUGGCCCCUACUUUUGGCUCAGCCCCCCCAGAACCCCCAGUGGAGCCUUCCCCUUUUCCACCAGGGACCUCCUAUCGCCAGGGCCUCCCCAGCGCCUGGCAGUGAGGCAGGGCCCAGCAGGCCAGGGGGGAAUCCAGGUGGCCGGCCUCACCCACUGGGACGUGCCCAACCUGGAGGCGCUGCACCAGAUGCUGAGCCUGGGGAAGAGCAACCGGGCCACCGCCGCCACCGCCAUGAACCAGCACAGCUCUCGUUCGCACGCCCUGGUCACGCUGACGAUGCGCACGGCGUCCCCACCUCGCGGUCCCGGCACCGCAGGCACGCUGCACCUGGUGGACCUGGCUGGGUCCGAGCGCGCCUGGAAGGCAGGGGCGGGCGGCACGUUGCGUGAAGACCGGGACAGUGCCCAACGUCUGAGGGAGGCUCGGACCAUCAACCGCUCGCUGCUGGCGCUGGGAGGCGUGAUGGCCGCACUGCGGGCUCGCCGGCCACACGUGCCCUUCCGUGACUCGCAGCUCACGCGCCUGCUGCAGCCCGCGCUGGGCCCCGGCGCCACCGCCGUGCUGCUGCUGCAGAUCUCCACGCGGCCCGAGGAUCUCGGCGAGACGGUGUGCUCGCUCAAGUUCGCCGAGCGAGUGGGCCGAGUGGAGCUGGGUCCGGCGAGGCCACACAGGGCCCCGCGCUCCGGGACGCCCUCCUCCCUGAGCACCGACACACCACUCUCUGGGACCCCCUGCACCCCCACGCCGUCGCCCGGCAGCCCUCCAAGCCCCGGCCUGGACAGCGGCUCCAGCUCGGCCGUGGCACCGCCAGAGGACCUUCCGUCGUAGUCCUGCCCAAAGAGUCUGGGUCGCGUCUCUGCCGGCAGAGGCAGCAAAGUCCCUAUUCCCCCGUGGCCUCCUUGAUCUCUGGGGGCCCGCUGCCCCCCAGGCUCCCAGAAUCCACUCCCUUCUCCCCUGCAGGAGUGUUCCGCCUGGGGUAAUGAUCACCCCCUACCCAACCCCCGCCGCCCCACUGGCCCAGGCCCUGAGCCCCUUAUCACCAUCUACUGUUAUCGCGGUGCACAGCAGGGGAUCCCAGAGCCCUGGAGGCAGACCCUGGCCAAGUGGCCAGCAGAGUCACUACCCCGUCACCAAACAUCAGACUUGCAUUAAAAUGUUUGUUCCUUUACUGUUAUCUUCCCCACUACCACCAUCAAAACCAGCUAGGGUCUCCAUUCUCCAUCCCCUUCCCCCAAAAGGUGCUACCUCCUUCCCAGGCAACAGUGGAGGAAAGACAGGACUUCAAGCGGGAGCCGUCAUUAGGUUUCUCCCUCCCCCAGCCCGGAGCCAGGGAGGGGAAGUGACAGAUGGUGAUGGAUGGAUGGAUGGAUGGAUGGGUAGAUGGACAGAGGGCUGGAGAAGGUGGGACCAGGAAGGGGACAGGAAGGGCUACUCCAAGCAGAGCCCUGCUCCUCCCAGCCUUGCCUCGGGUUAGGGGAGGCAGGGUUGACCAUCAGGGCCGGGUGGUGCCCAAGUGGGCGUCCAAUAAACACGUGGGCUCUCAGCACGGCUGGUGCCUCAUGUCUCAGCGCUGCUGGCGCCACACACACCUUGCUUUCUCCUCAACAGGCAUAAAGGUGGCAGGAGAGGGUGCGCGAGGAAAGCAGUCCCCAUCCUGGGGGCCUCACAGGCUGUACCAGGAGAGUAGCCAGCCUGGGGUAGGGGCGGUCAGGUCUCGGGGGUGGCUAACCCACACGUCAUAGAUGCUUUUGUUGGGUGGCACCCCCUGGAAGAGGGCGUCUAGAUCCCAGA